CUCCCGCUCAGUCUCCAGGCUAGGCACCGCAGUCUGCGGACGGAGUGCGGGCACUUGUGGCGUGGGGAUGUGGAAACGCGUGUGUGCGCACUGACUGCUGCAGCGCUCAGCGGAAUGCCGUCCCGCUCUAGGAGAUUCAAUUCCCGAAUGUCAGAGCAGCCGUCCCGUCUCUCGAUCCUGCAGGGAUAUACCCAUAGAUUACCAUGAGUUGCCUGGAUGUUAUAUACCCACCCUAUGGACAUUACGCACCGUACGACACUGCCGUCUCCGCCUUCGGUUUUAACAGUUUACAGGCACCUGUUGGUCUAAGGAGUUCCUCGAACUGCAGCAAGGAUUCCCGGGAAAUGGCCAGGAUGCAGAAAGGCGCGGAAGGUGUUUCGGGGCCGGGGGCGGGCGCGGGGGGGUCCCCGUACCCCCGCAGGGGGGCGGAGGACGGACCCAGGGAGAAACAGGAGGCUCCCGAGGCGGAGUACCUGAACUCCCGCUGCGUCCUGUUCACCUAUUACCACGGCGACAUCAGCAGCGUGGUGGACGAGCACUUCUCCCGCGCACUCAGCUCCUACAUCGAGGGCGAGGGGAAGAAGCCCGGCGCCAACCUGGCCCCAGGUCUUCACUUCAACCCUAACAAAGCACACCUCAUUCAACAGCUAGAGCAGGGCUGCCCAACCCCUGUUCCUGGGGAUCUAUGGACCACUUCCGUGCAGGCACCUGUUGGUCUAAGGAGUUCCUCGAACUGCAGCAAGGAUUCCCGGGAAAUGGCCAGGAUGCAGAAAGGCGCGGAAGGUGUUUCGGGGCCGGGGGCGGGCACGGGGGGGUCCCUGUACCCCCGCAGGGGGGCGGAGGACGGACCCAGGGAGAAACAGGAGGCUCCCGAGGCGGAGUACCUGAACUCCCGCUGCGUCCUGUUCACCUAUUACCACGGCGACAUCAGCAGCGUGGUGGACGAGCACUUCUCCCGCGCACUCAGCUCCUACAUCGAGGGCGAGGGGAAGAAGCCCGGCGCCAACCUGGCCCCAGGUGAGCACUCCGCAGAUGCCCCCACCCCCGGCGGCAGACGGAGCUUCCCCCCCUCCUUCUGGGACAGCAACUACCCGCCGUCCUCCGCACACCGGGGCCCCUGCGAGGGCGCCCCGCCCUUCUCCGUGGACGCCUACCCCUCCCCCCUGCACCCGGCCCUGGCCCAGCCUCACCCGCACCACUCUGAGUCCUGGGCCUACGCCCAGGGCCAGGCCUACGGGCCCCCCAGGCCCCUACACGAACUCUACGGCCCCGCCGGCCUGGACCCCCACUACGGAGCCCUUCUCAUGCCCACCGUCAGGCCCGCCCACCUGUCCGCUAUCCCCGCCCACCACUAUGAUGUCAACAAGCUGGACCCCGCCUCCGCCUGGCCGGGGCUCCUCCCAGCCGGUGAUGUCACCCAGGCGCUGGCUCUGAACAUGGACGCGGGCCUACAGAAAGGGAAGGAGCUGUACUGGUUCUAAGCGCCUUCGCCCAAACAACCUGUCAUUACCGGAGCCAAUUAAGUCCCGGUCUGCUGGUCGCUCUGGCAACGCCGCCCCCUUUGUGCUCUGGUCACCCACGGAAUCACCUGGGUGCCAUGGAGACCCGGGAAAGCAGGAGGAAAAGAGAGGGAGAGAAAGAGAGCGAGAGAUAUCCACACCAAAUCUGUAUUUCUUUCCCAGACUUUCACAAACCGCUGCGCUGGCAGUGAAGGCAGACGGGAAGAGACAUGCGGACAUCCUGCGGGAAUGUUGGGAAUGUUGGGAAUGUUGGGAAUUCUGCUCAAACUAAUGUUGACAGAAGGCACUUGCAUGUCAAGAUUUUUUUUUUUUUUUUUUUUUUUAAACCUAGUGAUGUCCGGUGGAAGAAGGCAUUACGGGAAAUUUAAACACAACGAGACGGAGAUGGAGAAACGUUUUUUCCCGUGUUACUGUUGUGUUUCUUUUUUUUUUUUUUUUAAGUGCUUAUACUUGUAUAUUUAUGUAUAUAUUUAAAAAGACUGAAUCACUGCUAGCCAAGUUCCCAGAGACGUGCGUGAGAACGUGGGGGAGGAUCCCAGUUAGGACACAGCUGUGUGUGAAUUCUGUUCCGCAGAAAUGGAAUAAAAGUGGUCUAUACAUGUGGUGAAGGGACAUUUAUCCAACCGUUUGCUCAUUCUGCUCUGUCAUGGGACUAACUGAGAGACUGAAAUGAAUUAAUUUAUGUCCAUUAAUUAUCUUCAGCAGCGCGUCGGCUCAAGUUUGAUGUUUUCUGAUUUUGAGAUUUACUCAUUUUGUCUUUGAAGUUCGUGGUGAUUAAAAAUGUGUGUUUCUUUUCUGAGAAACCGUACAGACGGCAACAGACUGACUGACAUAUUGUUGUGAUUAUAAAGAGUAAGCAAUCCGUGUUUUUAUUUCCUCCUGACUCUGUUGAUCCCGGCCAUUCAGCGUGGCUGAGGCAGACAUAGAUAAGUAACUGCGUGUGAAUACCUGAAGGUUUACCUCAAUGCCUCUUUCAGUGAACUCGCACGCUCUGAGGUUUUUUUUUUUUUUUGCUGUUUUCUGCAUUUCGCUGUUAAUUACAGUGAAGUGGAGAAGAAUGAAAGUUAUAUUUCCGUAUCCUGCACAUUGACACCGGAGAAUGCCAAGGGAAUGAAUGGAUUUCGUUAUUUUAUUAUUUAUAAACGCUGCAUGUCCUGUGUAUAAUUUUUCAUUUGAUCUUAGAUGGGUUGAAAUAAAUAAACUGUAUGUGUA